AUGCUGUCGCGCAGACUCGUGCGGGCGGUGGCGCCCUUGCGCUCGCCGGUGCUCCCCGCGGCGCGGCGUCUCCCUCUGAUCCAGCAAAGAACAUUCCUGCCCGAGGCCAUGGUCGGCAGGAGCAAGAUCGACGAGAAGUACCCCGACUCCGACUAUCCGACUCUCACAGACAAGGAGGACCCCGACAUGAACGGCGGCUACAUCAACCCUCCCCGCAUCAAGCGCCAGUUCCGCGACCCCCAUGCCGACUGGUGGGACAAGCAGGAGCGGAGGAACUUUGGCGAGCCCGUCCAUGAAGACCACGAUAUCCUCGGCAUGUUUUCGCCCUACGAGUACACAUGGAUCACUCCUGGCAAGGGCCUCUUCCAGAUCGGCCUUUUCAUUGCGUCCUUCUUGGGCCUGUGCUACGUCGUCAAGCUGACGUACCCCGACCGUGUCAGCUAUCCUCGCGAGUUUGAGGGCGGUCUGGAGAGAGAGCUAGGUGGCGCCGGCGCCGCGCGAAUGGAGGGUGACCCGGACCCUUUCUUGUGUCUCGAUGAUGAGAUCAUGUGGAUGGUGUCCCUGUACUGUCUGCCAGCAUCGAAGCUUAUUUCCAGCCCAGUUGCCCUCCAGGACAAGUCCACGUCUUCUGCUUCAGCCAUGCGCUACGACGACUGGGAUGUUAUUCUCUUCCCUACGGGACGCGACUCCAAGAUUCCGUUUAAGGAGUUCAAAGUUGCCUGUCAUGUCGUCCCAGAUAUUGAACUGGCACAUCUCCAUGGUGCCGUUGGAAGCCCGGUCAUGACCUGCUUCGUGCCGAGCCUGCCACCUGGAACCCCGUUUCAGGUGUCCAUCCAUUGCUGGCGCCGCCCCGAGAUCAGCCAGUUCGCGCGUACAUACAGCAAAAAUCCAGACUUGGUUAAGUUUGAAGCUCGCGUGACCCUUGAUGGUCGUUUGGUCGCGUCUGCUAUCUUGGAUCGAGAUGUUAACGGUCCCCAUCUCAUUACCAGCACCUUCGAGUUUACAAAGACGGGGGAGCUCGAGCGACUUACGUUUCCUGCUUUCCGACAAGAGAUUCUCCGCCAAAACCAUUGGCACCCUGGUGAUGACUUGGGCCGCAUCAAGGUGAUCAUUAGCGAAGGUUUCCCACGGGACUCGCUCACAGUUCCCAUCGAACGAGUCAAGAACAUUGUCACUUUCUCCUUCCAACAUGCCCCCCUGGGUAAGAUUCCCGGGAUUGCGUGGCCAAAUCCUGGCAUGUGGCGCCGUCCAACCCCCAAUCCCGCCGUCUCCGUGCCAACUUACUUCCCUGGUGAUGGAGCAGAGUCUCAUGCUCACUCUCCUGGGAAGAGGAGUUUGCUCCUCAAAGGCAUUAGGAACCACGGUUUUCCGAGCACUGUUAUUCCGGGCAGUAUCUUUCAUCACCAAUCCAACCCUGCUGGACUACUCAAUCCGCCCGGUUUUAAGGUGCCUCAUUUCAGCGCUAGUAACCCAUCGGUGCCGAAUAUCUUCUCGCCUCAUGAUCCGUUUGCGGAACCCACCUACCGCGACUGGAUGAGCUCCAUCACAAAUGUCCAAGCGGGAGACUUUUGGGAUGGAAGAACGACCUGGCCUAUCAAUCCACGGAACUUCCACAAGAGCGACACCAUCAUGGCCGACUGUCCAUCUCAAGGGGGUGACCCAAUGCAAAUCUCAGGAAGCAGUCUUGAGGAUGAUCCUUUGAGGCUAAAAGCGCCACAGAAUACUCCGACAGAAGGAGGAGAGGGACCAAAUCCUGGCGCGCAGUUUGCCCAUCCCAUUCCAUCUGAACUCACCGCCGACCUCGAAUCAGCCCUUUCGCAAUCUCUCCUCAACCAAGCACCCACCUCCGCAAUUUCGCAACGCAACUUUCCUAUGCCACAUUCAGAUGGAUUGUCACGCAAGGAAGGCCGACAGGUGUCUCUUGGCCAAGGCACAUCCGCCCAGAUGCCGUCAACCUCGUCGUCAAUGGAGGCCCGUAGACUUUCGCAGGCACUUUUUGGCAUGAACAAUCUGCCAAUCGAGGCUUCUGUUAACAACGGUGUUAGCGCGUCUGUAACCCCGCUUUUUGCUGCUAACCAACGAUCUGUGAACAACCCCUUGGUAGCAACGUUUGGCUCCGCUAUUCUCAGCCAAGGUUCAACCAACCCUAGUGGCACCGAGCAGUCCACUGAUACUACUGCUACUACUACUGCUGCUGCUGCUGCUGCGGUGACGGAUGUUCAAGUUGAACCUCCUGCCCCGACGAGCAAUGCCGCAAACGAGUCGGUAAUCAAUUUGACCAGCGGUACGUCCAGCACUAGCACCGUGCACGCGAAUGUUCCAACAUCCGUUUCGAAGCGCCCCAGGAACUUUACACCUGCGUCAGCGAGGGUGAUUGACGAGGAGGAUGAGCCUCGUCGGACCAGUCCCCAGGUGCAGGUUGGCGGUUUUGCAGAAACGACGAGUGUUGAGGAGAGUAUCCAGUAA